GAAGAAUUAUGGCUCAUUGGCGGUGCUAGAGAUAUCUUCAGAAUUCAAGUCAACAUGUGAAGUGUUUCCUCGUUGUUUUGGCGCCCUCUUUGAUGACGGCAGAACUGGUUUGUGGCUCCUCCGUCGGAUUUCGAACGAAUGCCGACCGGAAACAGUGGUUCCCUCAGAUGGCAUCAUUUUUCGCAAACGAUGACGUAAAUCGUUCCUAUGGCUCAUCUUCUUCGCUACCAUGGCUGGGUGUGGGGGCUUUUCUCUGCCACGUGGAUUGGAAUCAAUUGGCCAUAGGGCGUGUUUUUUUGGCAAGGCGUGUAUUCGAAGUCCCCGCGGGUCGUAGUCGCGUUCUGAAAAUUGUCUCUCGCUAGGAAGGCGCAAUUCUCACAGGGUCCCUCGCUAAAACAUCUCGAUGCUUUUCGACCCAGGGAGGCUGUAGGUGGGGCAAGAAUUUUUCUGGAAUCGGCUGAUGAAGGAAUACGC